GGCAAAGUGUCGAACUGAAGAGCCAGGCGAAGAGGAAGUACUUUUUCAAAAAUGGAAAUACUCAAAUAAAAAUCAAACUUCUGCACUUCAACAACUAAAGAAGCCCGCCAUGCCCGCCCAGCCCCCCGAGAGGGAACCGGAGGAGGAGAUGGAGGCGAACGGAGAGUCGCAGCUCCCUCAGGCCAACGGGGAUGUGGAGGAGGCUGAGAGGAGAGGAGGAGAGGAGACCAUGGAGGAAAGCAUGGAGGAGAGGGACAGCGACAUGGAGGAGAGUGAGGAGGUGGAAGAGGAGGAGGAGGAAGAAGAGGAGAGCUCAGAGAUGGACGAUGAAGACUGUGAGAGGAGGAGAGGGGAGUGUCUGGACGAGAUGACUGAUCUGGAGAAACAGUUUCAGGAGCUCAAAGAGAAGUUGUUCCGGGAGCGGCUGAGCCAGGUAAAGGUGAAGCUGGACGAGGUGCUGACGGGGAGAGCUGGAGAGUACAGAGAACCACUGGCUGCGCUGCAGAACAGCAUGCAGAUACGAACACAAGUGGCUGGAGUGUACAGAGAGCUGUGUCUGCAGGUCAUCCAACACAAGCACGACUGCGAAAUCCAAGGAGCGAGGCAGCACCUGGAGAGUGAGCGCUCGCUGCUGUUUGACGUCAUGAAGGCGGAGCUGCUGGAAAAGAUCAGGCGUCUGGAGGAGGACAGACAGAACGUCGACCUGACCUCAGAGUGGAGCGACGAGCUGAGAAGCAAGAAGUGUAAAAGGAAGAACCUGCUGGGACGUUCAGACAGAAAGGUCGCUCUGGUUUCAGGGCCUUUCAUCGUCUACAUGCUGAGAGACAUCGACAUCCUUGAAGACUGGGCUGCCAUCAAGAAGGCGAAAGCAGCUCUGUCCCCACUGAAAAAGAAGGUAGAAAAGUCUCAUGUACCAGUUUGACCACAGCGACGAGAAGAGCGUCCGAGCAGCGACUCCCACAUUCCCAGUUUCUUCCACGACACGUCAGCUUUUGUGUCUUUGACUGAAGCCCCGCCGAUCGUCGAAGUCGUUUUUUUUUAUUUCAGCGCCUUUGACCCCGCCCUGC